AUGGCCUUAAUGGCUUAUAUAAUCAAUACACUUAAAGAACGAAGUAGCCUAGAUGAAGCACUAGCUGAUCCGAAGUGGAGAAUGGCUAUGGAAGCUGAAUAUGAAAGUUUUGAUGUUACUGAAACCUUUGCACCAACAGCUCGCAUGGAAACAAUCCGCGUGGUUUUCCAUACUACUGCACACAAAAGCUGGGUGCUAAUUCAAAUGGACGCGAAGUCUGCAUUCCUUAAUGGUCAUCCUAAAGAGGGGGUUUAUGUGAUGCAACCCCCUAGAUUUGAAUUGCCAAAUUCAGACAACAAAAUUGAAAGUGUUGGUGUUCUGAAAUCAUUAAUCAUCAAUCCCUGGGUUUUAGUCACUGAUUUCUCAUAUGGAGAAAGGGAGUUUGCCAAUCGUGGUUCUUCAUCAGGAAGGGAUGAGCAAAACCUUGACAAAUGGCUUGUUUCACCUCAAGCCAAGCUUCAUAGAUCCCAUUCUAGAGUAUCAAAGAAAAAGUUACAUCUUGAUCAACGCAUCACUAGAAUUGAGGAAUAUCUGGCUAAAUCUUCUAGGGGAGGUGAUCCCAUGGAUAUCAGCUCAGCCCCUCGAAGUGAAGAUGAUAGUUCUGAUGAAGAAACUGAAGACAAGGAAGAAGGUUUUGAAGAAGAAGGAGAACAGGAAAGGGAAGAAGGAACUGAGGAUGAAGGAGACCAAGAAGAAGAAGAAGAAGAAGAAAGACAAGAAGAAGGCUUUGAGGAAGAAGGCCAGGAAGAAGAAGAAGAAAAUCAUUAG